UUCGUAAAAGCUAAAUGUUCACAUAAGCAGGUUUAUCUUCACACAAUUCACGUUAUUCUGUUACAGUAAAGCAGCGCCUGACGUCCGUGACUGCAGCGGCUCUUUGUGUUUGUACGGAAUUCUUACAAACUUUAUGUCUUUCAUUCAGCGAGCAAAGCGGAAGCUGCAGGAAAGGAUCUUAAAACACACACACGCACACACUAAAAAAGGUUCCUCGAGCAUAGAAAGCAGCAGCACACAGCCCGAGCUCCUGCUGCCUCCCUUUUCCCUGGCCUCUGUUCCUUUAAUAAACUCAUGGUUAUCUAGUGUAACAAAUGUCUCGCUGCCAUCAUCAAGUCCAGGCGAGGAGGGAGGAGUUUUUAAUGUUCAGUUUGUUCUAUGGAUCGAUGUCUGCUGGCAUCGCCUCUCCCCUCGCCUGCACCCGUGCGUAAGAUACCGUACCAUUACCAAACGCCUUUUACGCGCAAUUCCCUCCACAUAUUUAUCCGCUGAAAAGCUGCCUGCGGGACUGACUGACACGCGUCGAUCAACAUAUGUGGCGCUGAUGGACAAAAACGGAUGGUGAAAGGAGACGAUUCGUAGGAGGAGGAGGAAGAAGAAGAAGAAGGAACAAGCCCGGCUGAACAUCUGUUUCCCCGUUGAAAACGAUUCCUAACUGGAUUUUGUUUCAUAGUGAGAGAGACUGAACUACUCCGAGAGACAAAAUAAAGACUCGCACACACACAUACACACGCACGCUCUCUCGCUCCCCCCCUCUCUCUCUAUCUCUCUCUCUAUGCAUGGACUAUCGUAGACCGCAUUCAGAUUUCACCUGGGCACAGUAGUGAACUGCGACUCCAAAAAAAAUGCCACGGCGGAAACAGCAGGCGCCCAAACGGGCUGCGGUCUACGUGCCUGAUGAAGACGGUGUUCUUCGGGAAUCCAUCCCUGAGGAAGACGGCGAGAACGACACGCAAACUGAAGAAGAAUGCUCAGAGAAGACCAGCCCCAAAGUGGCCGAGGACAAAGAGCUAGACAACAAGAGCACCAACACUUAUAGCAACCAGAACUCUCCCAUCAGUGUCCUUUCCAAUCAAGAGGCCGAGUUGGAGUCACGCCUUAGCGAUACCAGCGACAGACUCUCAGACUUCAAAACCUCCUCGCCACCUGAGAGCCAGAGGGAUGUCGAGAGCCGCAGCUCCAAACAGAAAGACGAGGUGGGCGGCAGCUUGGAGAAGAUGAGGGCAGCCUAUGCAAACUUUCUCUCUGAUUCCUACUGGACUGGGAUAGGGAUGGACUUGAAAAUUGGCAAGAAAUCCAGCAGAGCCAACUGUGACAGCACCAACGGAAGCGCCAAGAGUGAGUUUGACUGGCACCAAGACGCGCUCUCUAAGACCCUGCAUCAGACACUCUCCCCAAGGCCUGCAUCCAGACCUAACCUCUUUAGCUCUGUCCACCUGUACAGGCAAACCACCAAACCCUGUGGCUCAGUGUUCACAGGAGCCAGCCGAUUUCGCUGUAAGGAUUGUAGUAACGCUUAUGACACUCUCGUGGAGCUGACGGUCCACAUGAACAAAAGCGGACACUACCAGGACAACAACCACGGCAAACUGAGCAAUUCCUCUGCUUCGUCUUCUAAAUCUAGGAAACGGAAUUUGCAUGAUAUGGAAGGAAAAGAGGAUGCACAAAAAGUUUUGAAGUGCAUGUUCUGCGGUCACUCUUUUGAAUCACUCCAGGAUUUGAGUGUCCAUAUGAUAAAAACUAAGCAUUACCAAAAAGUGCCUUUAAAAGAGCCUCUCCCAGUAAUCGCACCCAAAUUGUUGCCACCAUCAAAGAAACGAGCCUUUGAGACGGUGAGACCUUGCUCCCCUGACUCUACAACUGGUCUAUCUGGCUACACUGAGGCACAACGGGCCGCCGCCAUUUCAAAUGCCAACAAUAAUCGCUACGGCUAUCAGAACGGAGCGAGUUACACUUGGCAGUUUGAAACGUGCAAGUCUCAGAUUCUUAAAUGCAUGGAGUGCGGAAGCUCCCAUGACACCCUUCAGCAACUCACCACACAUAUGAUGGUUACUGGACACUUCAUCAAAGUCACAAACUCAGCCUCUAAAAAGGGUAAACAGUUAGCCCUUGACCCCCUGGCCAUAGAAAAGAUCCAGGGUUUAGCUGAGCCUGCUGCCACUGACAGUGAGGGAGAAAAGGUGUCUCCGAAAAAUCCCUCCCUGGGGAGCAGUGAGAGGGAUAGCCAGGGGGAAGGUACAUCAGACAAAAUGGAAGAAACUGAAGCUAAAGAUGACAAGCAAGAGAGUGAGGAUCAAAAAGCAGACAAUGGGACUUUUAAGUACCCUUAUCUCCGUGAGGAGGAUCUUGAACAGGACUCAGGAGGCGGAGGGGACAUUCUUAAAUCUUUAGCCAAUACAGUGGCCUCUGCCAUCAAUAAAGCUCAAACAGGGUCACCAAGCUGGAGUGCCUAUCCGAGCAUUCACGCUGCCUAUCAGCUCUCUGGUCUCAUCAAAAGCGCCCCACUCUCUGCAUCUCCCCCUACUCAGCUAAAGCAGACAUUUAACCACAAGCUGAGACCGAUUGCCCCAAAGGGGAAGUUAUACCACGGUGCUGUGGGAGUCGAGGCUCCCCAGGGACAGCAUCAAAAUGUGGACAUCAAAAAAGAAAAGGUUGGCAUUACCGAUGGUGAAGAAAGUCAGAAUAUUAAGUUUGAUCUGGUGGAGAAUGAUGACAGCGAUUGUCAGGAUGAUUCCUCUUCCUCUUCAAAGCUUGAUGCAGACUGUAUGAAUGGAGGGAGUGAAGCGAUCAAAGGGAAGUUGAGCCCAGAUUUCUGUGACAGAGGCAAGACACCGAGCCCAUCUGCCAGCAAUGGACGCAGCACUACUUCAGAGCCUCUCAGUGACACUCCAAGUCUACUUGGCAUAAACCCUCUUAGUGCUCUACAGUCAGUUCUGAACAAUCAUCUGGGCAAAGCAAAUAAGCCCAAUAACUCAAGAGGAGAUAAACUAUCUGCCCACACCCAGUCUAUUUUUGCUGACAUUAACCGUAGCAGUGAGAAACCAGCUUUAAUGCUUGGAAAUGCUAUGAGAAAGAGGGCCGAUAACCCCUUUCUCUUUGUUAAUGAUGACCAACCAAUAGAUCUGACAAAAGCCAAACACAGCAAGCAAAGUUCCUCGCUACUCCACCCCGCCACGCCGAUGCCACAGAAAUAUGCUCUGUCUGACAUUGCAGAUAUGGUUAAAGUUCUUCCAAAAGCCACAACGCCAAAACCCUCCAUACCAUCAAGGAUCCCGAUGAUGAAGCUGGAAUCCGAUGUCAGGCGUUUUGAGGACAUGUCUGCCGAGGUGUACUCCGUCCACAAGCGUAAAGGUAGACAGUCAAACUGGAAUCCUCGCCAUCUUCUCAUCCUGCAAGCUCAGUUUGCCUCCAGCCUCUUCCAGACCUCUGAGGGUAAAUACUUACUCGCAGACCUAGGCCCUCAGGAACGGAUGCACAUCUCCAAGUUCACCGGAUUGUCCAUGACCACCAUAAGCCAUUGGUUAGCAAAUGUAAAAUACCAACUGCGUAAAACCGGAGGGACCAAAUUUCUGAAGAGCAUGGACACCGGGCACCCGAUCUUCUACUGCAAUGACUGCGCUUCUCAGUUUAGGUCCCCCCCCUCAUUCAUUUCCCAUCUGGAAACCCAUCUCGGGUUCCAAAUCAAAGACAUGUGCAAAAUGCCGGUAGAGCACCAGACGAAGGUAGAGGAGCCAGAACUGUCGAAGGCCCUCAGUGUCAGAGCCACAGAGGCUCUGGUCACGGACGAAGACACUGACUCAAAGUUCAAAUGUAAGCUCUGCUGUCGGACAUUUGCGAGCAAUCACGCAGUCAAACUUCAUUUGAGUAAAACUCACAGCAAAUCCCCUGACAACCAUUCACAAUAUGUGGAAAUGGACAAGGAGUAGUUUUUCAUAUUAUUAUCACUUUUUUUUUCCUUUUCUUUUUUUUUUAUUUCAACACACGGGUCAGAUAUUUCAACCAUUUUUCAAUUAGCAUUGUGUAGUGCAUCAUUAUGACGUUUUAAAAACAUUUCAUGGACAGUAAAGACACACUGGUUAGAAAUUGUAUAAGGAAACACUAAGAGAUACUUUUGCACCCUGCUCAAAUGCAUCACCAGUAAUGAAAUGUAUUACUGCUUGAAGAAACAUAAUUGCUGAUGUUUGCAUGCAAUAGCCCCGGCUAUGACUACUAUUUAUUUGUAUGAUAUGUCAAGUUUAAAUUGUAUUUCAAAGACAAAAUAAUGAACUAAUUGUACUUUACAACUUCUGUGAUACUGUCCACCUGCAUACAUGUGCAGCUGUUAACACAGGUAGCCCGACACACGAUAACACACACGCAGACCUGUACAGUGUAUUGCUAUGUAAAGAUGUUUUGUGUUGCAAUGAUAGAAGAGAAAAAAAGCACUUUAAUAAAUGUUUAAUCACCAGUUUAGACUCAGAUUCUGUACAUGACUCAAAAAAUAAUUAGACGGUUUGGGAACAAGGAUAUUUCACAUGUAAAUAUAUUUUAGAAGAAAAAAAAAAAAGUGUGUUUCAUGCAACAAAAGGAUAACAGCAAGACAGAUGAUACCUGUGAUACCUGCACCUUUUUUUACUUAUUCAAAUAAAGAGUUAACAUUUGAUAACAGCUUGUAUAUCUUUUUUUUUUUUUCUCUUUGAUGUCUGCUUGCCUCGUUAGUUUUUAAAAAUAUAAAGAUGUUAAGAUUUUCUGCUUAGCAAACCUGGCUUGUAAACCCUGACCAACUGAUGAUGUACAAUAAAUAUCUAUAUAAUACCAGCAAAUUCUACUCAAGUUAUGCAAGUAUCAGUAACACUUUAUUAUUACGUUAUUACUGGAGGAAAUUUCCCAGAAAGAACAAGGCAAUUUGGUACUUAUCAGGGACAAUGGAAACACUUCCACUUCAUUUCUAGGGAAAUCUAAAGAGUCUUUUAGUCGGUGCACAGCAGGUCCGCUGAACAUGCAAAAUGUGAUUCAAUUCAACAUAUAUGGAGCAUAAAAUUGCCAAUAAUGAAUUGAUAUUUACUUUGGUGUUAAAAUAAUUUCUUAAAAAUAAAAAACACAUUUUGUUCUGUAAUUAAUACCAAAUUAGAUCUUUCCAACAAACUUAUAACAAAAUGACCAGGGAAAUAUUCAGAAAUAACAGACCAAUAAGAUAAGUGUUACCCAAGUAUUUUGUAUUUAAAUUCACAAUGUCUUCCUUAUCUUUUACAAGCUUUUCAAUCCACGGCAAAGCUCAAUGCGACAAAGGAUAGCAUCCCCAUACUGCAGCCCACACUGCAUUCUGUUUUUUUUUUUUUACCUUAUGACUUUUAGAUACACCUCAAAGAUACAUCUUCUUGUCAGACUUUAUUGCUUUCCUAUGAACGCCGCUGCUGUUGCUGCAAGAUGGUAUCAUAACAAUUAAACAUAUUUCCUCCAGCUCUAUUAUUUCAAGGCUAUUAAAAAUAAUUGCCUUCUAAAUUCAUAAACAUUUUAUGCAAUUCAUCUCUUUUCGAGCAAUCAAGUCUUCAAUUACCUCCACCCAUCAAAUCUCUGUUUUAUAACGGCCAACUGACAUUUGAUGGUGAAUGGGGGGGAAAAAGCACAUGGGCACUGUGGUGAUUUGAAUGCUGUGACACCAACUUGCCCCCUAUUGUUGGAAAUGAGCAGGCAAUCACGUUGUUCAUCAGAUGACUCCUAAUGCAGUUAAAGUAUUCAGCUAUAAUUUCUUCCCUGCAUUUAUAAUUACUGUCAAAGACCACACACCUCAGUGAGCAGAUUAAAGCUAUAAAUUAUUUAGUGCCUUUCUUCUCCGAAGGAUCUCUGAUUUGUCUGUAGGGCCAUUAUGUUUUAGAGGAGCAACUUAUUCUAAACUGAAGCAGGCAUUGUCCUUAAGAUGCAGCAGAAUGCUUUGCAGGCUUGGGGGAGGGAAGAUGGGAAUAUUACUGGCUGUUUAUGUUUAUUAAGUGACAUUUAAAGUGAGGCUUUUUACUAACAAAAGAUGACAUCGCAACGCAGAAUUUUUCAAUUUUAUUAAGCUUUUAUUUAUUUUUGUUUUUACACAAAUCAUUAUUCAAUUCAUACACAUAAUAUAUAUGCUGAAAGUACAUUUUGAGGAUUCAGCACAACCUAGUAGAGAUUCACCCAUGGCUGACCGAAGACAAACGCUCUCAUCAGUGCAAUCACAGAGGGAAAUUAGUUGUCUCUGCACAUAAUUUGCUCUAAUAAGUCAAAGUCGAUGUGGGACUCAUUGUUCGUACACAAAACUGCUAAAUGGAUGUAAUAUCAAUUAAAAAAACAACUUUAUAAGGUUAAUAUGAGUUGUAUCAUGCAAUCAGCAAUCAUUUCAAUGUGCAUAAACUGUAGUUGGUGGAAAAUCAAAAUACACAUCAGCUGCUCCAGUUUUUCAAAUAAACAUAAUGCUCUCUAAUAGGAAUACCUGAGUUAUUAAAUACUGAUAUACUUCAGGUAACACAUCGCAGGUAAUUACGUGAAAUAAACCCAUAAUUCUUUCGGUGCUUUAUAUUAAUUCAUUUUGGAUGUUUGCAUAUUAACACACUUAAUCGCACCGUAUAUCUAACAUGUCAUGGCUAAUUACAGAACACAGUCAGCUUUCUGCAAUUACACACACACACACACACACACACAAUCUUGCUUUUAAACUGAUUGAUUAUGAGAGAUAUUAAGCGCAGUAACAUGCUCAUUCAUGGACACAGUUUAUACGUUGUUGUUUUUACAGUACUCUACAUUAGCUAGAACGCUGGGCAGUUACAUGGUGACAGAUCUCGGCUGUGUGUGUCCCGUCAGUAUGGUUCCUCUCAAUAAACGAAAGAGAACAAUAAUAAGACAAAAUGUAGGUGAAAGUCACAUCGCAGACCUUUUUCUCUCAAAGAAAUCCCUCUACAUGCAGUGAAGCCAAUCUACAGACCACACAUAUAUGAUUGAUUAUUAUCACUAUUAGCACCAUUGAUUCUGCUAGCUGUGAAAUUGUUUUUGAAAUGUAUUAAAAUCAAGAAAGCCUCAGAAAUGUCUCACUGUCACAUUUUUUCCUAGCCUGGAGUUACUUUCUAAAACAGUUCUAAUAACUUCUAAUAGCUUAGUCGAAAAAAUGUAAUUAUACAUAUAAGUAAGCUUGCAUUGAAGAUGCAGUGAAACCCGACUUUAGCUAAAAUGACGCCAACUCGUCUUUGCAAAUUCUUUGUCAAUCUGUCAUUAAACAUGCUAUCAAAUAAUGAUAAGUGCACGCUGCUUGCUUGCACUGGCGUGUCUCCCUGACGCUGAUGUGCUGUAAUAGGGCAAAUGUGCAUCAGAAUUUGCCUGCUUGGAUACACACAAAACACUGUGUUACACUGUGCCUGACUUUGCUUCGCCCUGUGCAAGACGAGCAUGGAUUCUCUGCAUCAUCUGGCCUGUAAACCAGAGGAGGAGGAGGAGGGGGAGGAGGGAGGGGGGUUCAAAAUGUUCAUCACACAGCAGCAGGGUAAUGACUAGCUCAUGUGU